GACUUUCGCACUAUACAUUAGAUUCUUUGACUUUAUACAUAAGAUGAGGAGAAUACAUAUCUUAUUGACGAAAACGCAUGAGUAAAUGAAAGUAUAAAUUGUAUUUUUAUUUUCGCAGCUCUCUUUGAUUAACUUAAACAAACCUUAAUAGUAUUUAAAUCUAAGUCCUACUAAAUACAGAAUAUUAACUUUGAUAACGAACAGUAGAAUUAAAUAUUUUCAAGUAUUUCAUUUUAUACACUUUCUAGGUCCAAUCUCAAUUAACGAAAUCACAACAAGAGAAAGAAGCAAGUGAAAAACAAGUCAAUGAUUUACUUGUUGAACUCAAACGAUAUCAAGAAACUAUUAUUCCUGAUUUAGAAAAACAAAAUCAAACAUUAAAAAUAGACAUACAAAAUCGAGAUCAAUCAGCAAAUUCCACACUUACUGAACGUGAAUCUCAUUAUGAACAACAGAUAAAAGAAUAUCAAUCAAAUAUUGCUCAAGCUAUUAAUGAAACAGAAAAAAUUCGAACUGAAUUAAAACAAAUACAAGAAGAAAAUAUUUCAAAAGAAAAACAAACCAAUGAUUUAAUUAAUACAUUAAAACAAGAUUAUGAAAAACAAUGUGAAAAACUUCAAAAUGAUUUAACUGAAUUAAAUAAUCGAGAACAAAAAUUAAAUACAACUUUCAAUGAACGUGAAUCACAUUAUGAACAACAAAUAAAAGACUAUCAAAAUAAACUCGAUCAAUCAACACAUGAAAUUCAAACUGUACAAUCAGAAUUAAUAAAAUUACAAGAAGAAAAAACUAUCAAUGAGAAAAAAUCUAUUGAUACAAUAAAUACAUUAAAACAAGAUUAUGAAAGACAAUAUGAAAUUCUUAAAACUGAAUUAACUGAAUUACAAGAUCGAGAUCGUACUCAAAAUAUGGCAUUAAAUGAACGAGAAGCUCAUUAUGAAAUGCAAAUAAAAGAAUAUCAAACUAAACGAGAUCAAGCUAUUCGUGAAACACAAGAUCUUCGUAAUGAAUUAACAAAAUUACAAGAAGAAAAAACUUCAAAUGAAAAACAAUUAUAUGAUUCAAUUAAUAAAUUAAAACAAGAUUUUGAAAAACAAAUUGAAUCUUCUCAAAUACAAAUAACCGAAUUAGAAAAUCAAAAUCGUACAAAAACAAAUGAAUUCAAUGAAAAAGAUCAACAAUUUAAAGAAUAUCAAUCUAAAUUAGAUCAAUUAAAUAGAGAAAAUAAUGAAUUACGUCAACAAAUCGAACAUAACCAACAAGCAAAUGAAAUGAAACUAAAUCAAUUAAAACAAGAAUUCAAUGAAAAACAUCAAACAAAUGAACAAACACAAAAUGAAUCUAUUCAACGUACUGAAAAUUUAACAAAAGAAUGUGAAAAUUUAAAACAAAUUAAUGAAACAUUAAAACAGGAUUCUCAAGAUUUACAAAAUAAAUAUAAUGAUCUACAAAAUGAAUAUGAAAAAUAUUCAACAUCAAAUGAACAAUUAAAAAAUACAAAUGAUAAUAUUGUUAAUGAAAAACAAGCUCUUAUUGAUCAAUUAACAAAACAAAUCAAUCAUAUGCAACAAGUUCAAGCUGAACUUAUUGAAAAACAAAUUAGUCAACAUGCAGAUUUUGAACGACAACAUUUAGAAGAUAAACAAAUUCAUGAGAAAUUAUUAAAAGAAAAAACUGAUGAAUAUGAAUCAAAAAUGCAAUCCAUGAAAAGUCAAUAUCUUAUUGAAACUGAAAAUAGUAAUCUUGAACAUGAACAAGAAAAAAUUCGUUUAAAACAUCAACUUCAACAAGCAGUUCAAGGAGUUGAGAAUAAAAAUGAUUCAAGUUCAACUGGUCAUGUAAAACAACUUGAAUACGAAUCAGUUGAAGCACGAUAUCAAAUAGAACGAUUACAAAAACAAAUUGAAGCCAAUUCAACUAAAGAUGAUCGAGCAACACUUGAAGGUCAAAUUAAUUUUCUUAAUGAUGUUAUUAUUGAUUUACGUAAUACCAAUGAACGUUUGAAAAAAGAAAUUGAAUUUCAAAAAAAUCCAUUUGUUCAAGAUGAUGAAUUACUUGAAAAUACAACAACAACACGAAGAAAAUCAUCUAUUCCUCGACUUUACUGUGACAUGUGUGAAGUAUUCGAUGAACAUGAUACUGAUGAUUGUCCAAAACAAAGUUCAAUGAUAGAUGAUCAACCUCCACAUGAUCAUCAUUCACAUGAAAGAGUAAUACCACCACCACGACUCUAUUGUGAAAAAUGCGAAGAAUUUGGUCAUGAUUGUAAUGAAGUUGAUGAAACAUAUUAA